AUGUACUCAUUAAAAAGAGUUUCAGAUGAUUCAUAAUUAGUUUUUAAUUAUAUUGAACUGAAUAAAAUUGAAAAGACAAUCAAUUAUAUCAUAUAUUUUUAUAUAGACUAAUCGAUUGUAAAGAAAACUAUGUCAAUUGAUAUUUUAAAUUUUGAAGGAGUUUGGAUAUUCUUUUAUUUUUAUAAUCAUUAGGAUAUAAAUUAGAUAUCUUUUUAUUAUUAUUAAUCUAAUUUAGAUUAACUUUAUUAAGACAAAUUAGAUUCAGUGUUCAAAGUAAUAUACACAGAUUAGAUUUAAAGUUCAAUUAGAUAUUUCAAAAAUAUUUAAAUAUAAGAAUUAAAUAUAAUCACAUAUUCCUUUGUUGGUAUAAUUAAAUAAGUUGAAACUACAUAAACCAAUAUUUUAUAAGAUUUAAAUUAAUUUAAACAAAUAUGUUAUAUAGAAUUAAAUUGUAUUUAAUCUAAUAUUUAAAUCACAAGAUAUAAUAUAAAUUUCUUAGGAGGCUUCAGUAUGUUUCAAUAAAUAGACAGCGUUUAUAAAAAUACUUAUAAAAUUUCAGGUUGGGUUAAGUAAAAUCAAUUAGACAAAGAAAUCAAACUUGAUAGUGCAUUAACAAGUAUAUCAAUAAAUUAUAGAAAUACUCAAGAUUAAGAAAUAUUUUAUUAAUUAUUAUAGAUUUUGUAUCAUUAACAUGCAAUAAUAAGUUUUAAUGGUUUCACAGCAUCAACCUAUAGUUACUCUUUUCCUCAUAUAUAAUAAUAAGAUUAGAUUGAAACCUUUAAGAUUUUUGAUGAUUCCUUGUAAGAAUUAUUGUCUCAAUGGCAUUUUAUUUAGUAUGAAGAGGGAUCCUCUCUUAAUUAAGGGAAACCUAUAUAUCGUGUUUAUUUUCCUUAAAAUGAUAAAUUUAUUGAAUGUAAAUGGAAUAAUCCAAUUAAUCAUUUUUCUAACGUAAACUUAUAUAUUGAUGUUGGAGGGGAUAGAUUUUAUCCUUCUAACUUUAAAGGUUAUUUAAGUGAUUGGAAAUUUUUUUUAUAUUGCUAAAAUAAUUAUGAAUCAUCAUAUGAAAUACCUUGUCAUUAUUCUUGUUAAACUUGUUAAGGAAUUAGUGCUUUAGAUUGUUUAAGUUGUCCUGAAAAUUCAAAUAGAAUAUACUCUCCAAAUCAUCAUCAAUGCAUAUGCUUAGAUGGUUAUUUAGAAACAUUAUAAUCAAUAGAAUGUAAAAGUAUUAUUCUUUUUUAUCAUUUUUCUUAGAAAUAUCAGAUUUCAAUGGAGUAUUUUAAUUAAAAUAUUAUGAAAUAUCUUGUGACAAGAUUGGCUAUUAUUAAUGUGAUGAAUCCAAGAUAUUGUGUGAUUUUGGAUAUUUUUAAUAUCAUAAUUCAUGCAUAGAAUGGUAUAUAAAUUAAUUAAUCAUAGUCCACAUAAAUCUCAAAUUGAAAAGAACUACAAAUUAGAUUGUGCUUUAUGUUAUCUUAGUCCAAACCUUUUUAAUCAAACAUUUUUGUGUGAUUUUGAUUUGAUAUCUGAGAAUUCAGAAUCACCUUUCUAUUAUUAAGAGAGGUACUAUUCAAUGUUUGAAAUGUAAAUUUUAAUUUAAACUUAAGUUAUAAAAUAAAUUUUGAUAACAAAAAUGAAUUUUCACCUUAAAUUAUUGGGGGUAAAUACAUGUAUUAUAAUUAAAUGUAUUGUAAGAGCGGAUAUUUUUUAAAAAAAGGAGAAUGUCAAUAAUGUUUAGAAGGUUGUUCGUAUUGUUAAUCAGAUUAUUAUUGUAUUUAAUGUGAAUCUAAAUAUACUUUAACUGAUUAAGGACAUUGUAAAUAAUGUUAGAAGUGUGAAUUAUGCUAUUUUUUAAAUUAAGAAGAAUUCUGCUAGUAUGACUUUUAUUGUAAAGAGUAAUAAUAUUUUUUAAAUAACUUAUGCAUAGAUUGUGGAUCAUAUUGUCAAAAAUGUAAUUCUCAAUAAUGUUUUUAUUGUAUAGAUAAUAAGAAAUAUUAUUUAAGUUUAGAUGGAAUAAAUUGUGGUUAUUGUUUUAUUGAUAAUUGUGAAUAUUGUUUUGAAUAUGUUUAUGAUAAUAAUAAUAAUAUAAUAGUUUCAAUAGAUAUAAAUAGAGAAUAUAUUUAAUUGGAUAAUUAUGAAAUACAUUUAGGUUGUGCUUAAUGUUAUAAAGGUUACUAUUAUUCUUUUUAAACUAAUAAAUGUGAAUUAUUAUCUUAAGAUAUGUAAUAAUGUGAUAUUGCAAUAUAAUUAUAUUCAAAUUAACUAAUUCAAUGUUUAAAAACUUAAUCUUUAAUUAAUUCUAUAUAAAAUAUAUAUUGUGAAAAUAUUCCAUUAUGUUUAUAAUGUAUUCAUAAUUAUUCAUAAACAAUAAAUCAAUUCUGUAUUAUUUGUAAAGAAGGAUAUUAUUCAAAUAUAUAAACUGGAUUAUGUAAACAAUGUCCUGAUAAAUGUAAAACAUGUGUUUAAUAAAAUAUUGUAAUUAAUGAUUAUUGGAAAUGGGAAAUUAAAGCAUUUUAUUAAUAUUUUAUAAAUUAAAAUGGUUAACAUUCAUUUGAAAUCUAUGCUGUUGAUCCUGAUAUUUCUCAAUAAGAAAUUAUUUGUUUAAGUUGUAAAGUUAAUUUUAUCUUAUUCAAAAAUGACUGCCUUUCAGAUUGUGAUGAUAAUUGUGAAGAUUGUAGAAUAGUCUAAAAUAGUAUGUUACAAUAUUAAUCUAGAUGUGUUAAAUGCAAGUCUAAUGUUUUUAAUAAAUAAAGAAGCUAUAAAUUUGAUAGUGAUUUAACUUAAUUAGAAUCUUAAUGUUAAAUUUGUCCAAAAUAUUGUUAAGCUUGUUUUCCAAGAACUAAAGAAGAAAUUUAAAAAAUUAACUUAUUUUUUGACUAAAAUUCUGAGUACCUCAAAUACUCAUUCAAGUGCUAUUAUGAAGAUGAAAAUUAAACAUAUAAAUAUAUUUUGCCUGAAGUUUUAACAUUAUAAAAUUGUGGAGAAUUAUAAAAAUGUACGAAGAGUCUAGAAUUAACUUUUAAAGUAUAUAACACUUUAGGUGAAUUAUUAGAUGCUUAAAGAGAAGAAACAAAUGUCAAUUUAAAAAAAUAAUAUUCAUCUAUUUUAGAUAUAAUGGUAUAUAAUCUAUAGGAAUCUUAUGAAACACCUUAGUUGCUAGAAUAUUAUAAUAGUGAAAAUAUUGAAGAAAUUACUCUGAAUUAUUAAUUAGAAUCUACAGAAUUCUAUAUUGAUUAUGGUUCAAAUAUAAUUAACAAAUUAAAAUAAAAUGUCUUUAAUUUAAAAAGAGUAAAUGUAAGAUUUUAUAAUAAUAAUAAAAAUGUUUUAUUUUCAACAUUUGAAUAUUGUAAAUUUAUCAAUAUUGAUUAAAUCAUCUUUGAAAAUUUCAAUUUCAAAUCCCCUACACCUUAUUUCGCAACACCAAAUGAAAAUAUUAUACAUCGUUUUGAAUUUUAAAAUAAAAAUUACCCAUAAACUGUAAUUUUUAGAAAUGUUAGUUUUAUUUAAAGUAUUGAAGACAACAUCUUAGAUUUUUACAUAAUUUGUAAUAGAUCAAAAUAAUUCUCUAUUAUUGAUAUGAAUUUUAAUUUGAACUUGACUGAUUCGAUAUUUUUUUAGUAUUACCCUUUUAUUAGUGUAGAAGGAUCAUAAAUAAUUGUUUAAAAUUUUAAGAUUUUUAAUAAUUAUUUAAGAAACACAAGUUUAUUUUACUUUUUUGCUGAAAAUAAUACAUUUGCUAAGAGUAUUAUUUAAUUUAUUAAUGUAACAGUUCAAAAUACUUUAUUUACAUAAAAUUCUAGUUUUAUAACUUCCAAUUUCUAAAAAAAUUAUGAUAUAGGCAUAAUAUAAUUAGAAAAUUUCACUUUGAUUGAUGUAAUCUUUGAAAAUUCAUCUUCCUUUAUUAGAAUUCUAUCUGGAAAAUAAAUUUAAGUUAAAAAUUUUAGACUUAAAAACAUUAAAUUUCUUGAUUUAUCAUCAUUUUUUAUUGGCAACACUUUUAAUAUUAUUGGAUUUGAUGUUGAAUCAUGUUAUAUAGAAUUUGGAUAAAUAAUUACUAAUUAUGGUAAAUUUAGCGAAUCUAAAGAAGUAAGAGAAUCUUCUAAGGUAUUAUUUUUAGAGAAUAUUAAUUUCACUAAUAAUAAAUAUCUUUAAGAAAAAGCUUUUAUUUAUGUUUUAUAAAAUCAAGUAGAAAACAUAAGCAUAACUGUUUAAAAUCUUUAUUUGUAUAAUAAUCAUUAUUUUAAUGUUUAAGUUGGUAAACUUUCAUAUAGUUUUGUAUCAGGGGAUCUUAGUUAACUUUACUUUGAAUGUAGCUAUUGCAUUUUUGUUAAUUUGAAUAUAACUAGAGGAUUAGGCUAUCCAGAAUUAACAAUUAGAAAUAGUAAACUUGUUUAAUUGAUGAAAUUUACAAUUUAAUUAAAUGAUUAAUAUGAACUUAAAGCUUUGCAUACAUCAAUUAAUUGUAUUAGAUAGUAUUACUUUUUUGAUUUACCUUUUGUUCUAAAUAUUUAAUACUUUUUCAAAAUAUAUAUUGAUGAUGUUAAUAUAUCAGAUUCAGUUAUUAUUGAUUAUCCAUACUUUAUCUUUGAAGGUUAGAGUCUUAAUGAUUAAAUAGAACCUGAUCAAAUUACUCUUAAGAAUUCAAUAUUUGUUAAUAAUAUGUUGAUUAUCACAUAAUUAAAUAGACUCUCUUCAAUAAUAUCUAUAUAAACUUACAAAAAUACUAAAAUUCUCUUUUAAAACAUUAAAUUUUAAGGAAAUUUCCUUAAUAAAUAUGAAGAUGAUACUUAAUUACAUUCUUCAUCUACAUUUAUAAUUGAAUCUCAAAUAGGAUAAGUGAUUAUUGAAGAUUCAUUAUUUUAAUAAAACACAAUAUCAAAUUCAUCUGAUUCAAAUAUAUACAUUAAAUCAGAGACACUUUUUGUUAUAAAUUGUAUAUUUAUAAAUUAAAAUUAACUAUCUAAUUAAAUAUUGCAAAAAUACUUGCUAAUACCUAUUGAUUAAACUAAUUAUAAUGAUGUAGUCAAUGAAAUCUUUUGGAUAAUGAGUUAAGGUGGAAGUGGAUCUUUCUUUAUCAAUGAAUUAACCAUGAUAUAAUGUAUUGUCAAUAAUUCUUUGGCAGUAAAUGGGGGAGCAUUUUACAUUAACACAAAAUCAACAGGUAAAAUUAUGAUAAGUAAUUCCUCAUUUGAAAAUACGUUAACAACUUUAAAUAGUAAUUAAUUCUCAUCUGGAGGGGUCUUAUAUAUAGAUGCUUCUAAAAGUCGUUUAAAUCUCAUAAUAUCUGAGACAAGAAUAAAUAGAGCUUAUUCUCGAACUUAAGGAGGAGCUAUCUAUAUAGAAGCAUCAAUAAUUCAAAAUGAAAUCAUAUUCUUUAAUGUCUCUAUUGAAAAUUCAUUUUCUUUUAAGAGCUCUAUAUUAUUCUUUUCACCAAGUAAAUUACAAUCUCUAAUAUCAAAUAUUCACAUAGAAUAAUCUAAAUUUAAAAGUACUGAAAAUGAAUUCAAUAUGUAUUUGUCAUAAAUUGAAGAUUUAUCUAUUUNA